UUUUAUUUAAAUUUUACAAGCUAAGCUAUUGAAAGCUAUUAAAUCUAGAUCUAAGACAAAACUGAUCUUGGCUGCACUGGCCUUUAUCGCUAAAAAAAACAACAACGGAAGUAGACAAAAAACAAAAAGUAAACAAUAGUUCCUAUAGAGUCUAUGGAUCUAGAUAUCUAGAAUCUUUAUCUAGACAAUGUCUAGACAUCUACUAGACUAGUGUGCUACAUCUAGAUCUAGUUUAGAGAAUAUUUUCUUACACUGGUAUCGUAUUUAUAUAUAGAUCUAUAACCAGACUAGUAAUCUAGAUUCUCUAUGGAUUCAUCUGGUACUGGAGCUUCUAGAAGUCGUUUUAAGAAAAGUCAUAAUGAUAAUCCUAGUAUUAUAAUAAAUGAUCAUGAUGGUAAUCGUGGACGUGAAGAUAGAAAUAGUAAUACUUCAUCUUCAAAUAGAAAGCGUCUCAAGGUGAAUGACUCAUCUUUAAGUAAAGAUUCUCCCAUAUUUAAAGCCUUCAACAUUUUUCGAGAGGAGCUUGACAACAGAAAUAAUCGUUAUGAAAGAAUUGUCAAAAUUAGUAGGGACAUUACAAUUGAAAGUAAAAGAAUUAUAUUUCUGUUGCAACGAGUUACAGGAUCGGAAGAGUCAGAGAAAGUGUUUGCUGAGGCCAAAGACAAAAUACUUGAUUUGAACAGGACAAAGUUUUUAGAAUUAGCCCAUGAGCUGCAUGGACAGGAUCCCUACCAAUUUGUUAGAGCUUACUCUCCUGGAAAGCGUCUCAAGGUGAAUGACUCAUCUUUAAGUAAAGAUUCUCCCAUAUUUAAAGCCUUCAACAUUUUUCGAGAGGAGCUUGACAACAGAAAUAAUCGUUAUGAAAGAAUUGUCAAAAUUAGUAGGGACAUUACAAUUGAAAGUAAAAGAAUUAUAUUUCUGUUGCAACGAGUUACAGGAUCGGAAGAGUCAGAGAAAGUGUUUGCUGAGGCCAAAGACAAAAUACUUGAUUUGAACAGGACAAAGUUUUUAGAAUUAGCCCAUGAGCUGCAUGGACAGGAUCCCUACCAAUUUGUUAGAGCUUACUCUCCUGGUUUACAAGAAUAUAUUGAAGCUGUAACUUUUUAUCAUUACUUACAUUCCGAAGAGCUUAUAGGAUUAGAGCGAAUUCAAGCAGAUCUCAUAUAUUUGGUAAAAGCACAAGAUGCCCCAGGUCUAAGCUCUGACCUGGAACUAACACUAGGGACCAACAGUUCGGAAUGUUUAUCUGUAAAAACUUUAGCUAUUGAAUCUAAUACUAAUGCAGAGUCAAGCGAGAAAGAUACAACCGAUCAGAAUAGUACAACAAAUGAGAAUGGAGUAAGUGAAACCACUACUAUCUUAGUUCCUGUGCCACCAUCGGAAUAUUUGCUAGGAAUAGGGGAUUUCACUGGGGAACUGAUGAGAAUGGCCAUCAAUAGUGUUGGUGCCGGAGACUUGGAGAAACCAUCAGUGGUUUCCAAUAUGAUGCGCCUCAUUCAUGAUGCCUUCACCACAUUUGCUCAUCCUCCCAGAGAGCUGUAUCAAAAGAUCAGAGUACUGAGACAGAGUCUGCAGAAGGUUGAGACAGCUUGUUACACUCUCAAAGUUCGGGGCUCAGAGAUACCGAAACAUAUGUUGGCAGACGUCUUCUCAAUAUCAGCUCCAUGUGCAGCUGAUUCCUACAAUGAAGAAAUAUCUGAUGUUUACGAUUAAUUAAAUUCACAUUUUUAUAUAA